AUGACAGCAAACGAUUCAUUGGGAAGAUUUUUACAAAGGAAACACUUGCAACUUUUUGAAAAACUUUAUCCUUUUCAGGUGUCUCUUGAUGAGGAAGGAAAUGCAAGAUUUCAUUUGAGGGUAAAUAAUUCAUUGAUGUAUAUAAAACCAGAAAACAUUGGCAGCAUUCUUAUUCAGACUCUGGUUGAUGCUGCCAACAAGAAUCUUUCUAUACCUGCCAAAAAGGUUGUCAUAUCUGUACCAGCAGAAUUUGAUGACAGACAACGAAAUUUCACCAAAAAGACAGCCACAUCUCUUGGGCUAGAAGUGAUGCGGGUUAUAAAUGAGCCAACAGCUGCUGCCAUGGCUUAUGGUUUACAUAGUGUUCCAAGUCUUCGGUAUAUUGUUGUUGUUGAUCUUGGAGGAGGAACACUAGAUGUAUCUUUGCUCAAUGUACAGGGUGGCAUGUUCCUCACGCUAGCAAUGGCUGGUAAUAACCAUCUGGGUGGCCAAGAUUUUAACCAACGGCUAACCAAGUACCUUCUGGACAUUAUCAACAAGAGAUUCGGGCGGUCUCUGACCAACAAGGAAGACAAACAGACAUUGCGACUUCAAGUCGAAACUGUUAAAUUGGAACUGACCAGGCAAUAUACAUCCAACAUUUCAAUGACUAUUAGUUCAUUUGAAGGUGCUCCACUUUUCCAGGAAACUGUUUCACGGACAACAUUUGAAGAUCUGAACGCAGACCUCUUCAGUAAGGUCUUGGAACCAAUCAAAACUGUUCUAAAUAUAACAGAAAUGGAUAAGCAGGAAGUCCAUGACAUUGUUUUGGUGGGUGGUUCAACACGGAUACCAAAAAUUCGAGAACUCAUUAGAGAUUAUUUCAAUAAGGAACCAAAUACGUCGGUGGAACCAGAUCUUGCAGUGGCCAUUGGAGUGUCCAUUCAAGCUGGUAUCAUUGGUGGAAUGUGGCCCUUAACAGUCAGUGCUGUUGAGCGACAGACUAAAGUAAAGAAGAUUCAUAUAUCAUAA